AUGGCAGAAGCCGAACAUCCUCGGAAAAAUCAGAAGAGAGUUUGUGAAAACAGAAUCAGUUCGUUGUGUGACGAUUUGCUCAUACAGAUAUUAUUGCUUGUUCCGACCAAAGAUGCCGUGGCCACAUCGUUUUUGUCUAAAAGAUGGCGAUUUGUCUGGACGAUGUUGCCUAGACUUGAAUACAAAGAAACCAAUGACAGUGGCGCCGAAAGCAAGAGCGUUUGGUGGUUCCUUGACGAAUCAAUGCGACAACACAAGGCACCUUUAUUAGAACGUUUGUCGAUUCAACUCGGUCCACAAUGUUCUGUUGAUGUUAAUGUUGUAAAGUGGGUUGCAAAAGCACUUGAUCGUCCCGUGCGUCGGCUAGAUUUCCAGCUCCUCUGGAAUAGCGAGCCGACCAGAAUGCCUCAGAGCCUUUACACGUGCAAAAACCUUGCGAGACUGACUCUUUCCAGCAAGAUUCUCGUGGACGUUCCUUCUCCGGUUUCUCUCCCAUCACUUACACAUCUUAAUCUCCAUCAUGUUGUGUACAAAGACGAAGACUCUCAAGUUAGGCUUUUAUCAAGUUGUCCCGUUCUCAAGUGUCUUAGAGUGACUCGACCUCGUGAUGUGGAUGAUAAUGUGCGAAAGUUUAGCGUGAAAGUGCCUUCUUUACUGAGAUUAUCGUAUAUGCAUCCAAUAUUUCAAGGAGAAGAUUACACGGAAGAUGAUACUGCAAGGUCUCUGGUUGUAGACACCCCGGAUUUAGUAUAUUUAGAGAUCAUUGACUCGAUGGGAGACUCUUGCUCGAUUGAGUAUAUGCCUCUUCUUGUUAAAGCAUCUAUUGAUGUUCACUUCAACCCUGAUGCCAAC